AUGGGGUCAUUUAAGAGUUCCAUUUUCAUCUUGGUCCUUCACCUUCUUGAAGGGGCCCUGAGCAAUUCACUCAUUCAGCUGAAAAAUAACGGCUAUGAAGGCAUUGUCAUCGCAAUUGACCCUAAUGUGCCAGAAGAUGAAACACUCAUUCAACAAAUAAAGGACAUGGUGACUCAGGCAUCCCCAUAUCUGUUUGAAGCUACAGAAAAAAGAUUCUAUUUUAAAAAUGUUGCCAUUUUGAUUCCUGAAAAAUGGAAGACAAAACCUGAGUAUGUGAGACCAAAACUUGAGACCUACAAAAAUGCCGAUGUCCUGAUUGCUGAACCUAACCCUCCAGGUAAUGAUGAACCCUACACAGAACAGAUUGGAAAUUGUGGAGAAAGGGGCGAAAGGAUUUAUUUCACUCCUGACUUCAUAGCAGGAAAAAAAUUGCGUCAAUAUGGACCACAAGGAAGGGCGUUUGUCCACGAAUGGGCUCAUCUACGAUGGGGAGUAUUUAAUGAGUACAAUAAUGACCAGAAAUUCUACUUAUCAAAUGGGAAAAGAGAAGCAGUAAG